GUGACGUCACACGCUGCUUUACAACCAGGUGCUCGAUAUUUCCUGUCGAUGGAAAGACGACUAUCUCUGCCAAAAAAAAACGACCGUUUGUUGCUGCAAACGCGUUCUUUAUCAAUCGUAUUAGACGCCAAUAGACAUAAAAGAGAUUGCGAGGUAUUUAGCUGUUGGAACGGGUCGAUUUUAAGGAGUUUUUGUUUCAUCUGAGGCCGUUUCCGCCGGAAGAAUACAGCAACGAGCAUCGAGGUAUGGAGUACACAGAGGGAGUGUCAAGUUGCGAGAGUGUACAGCUAAUCGUUGUUCAGAUCACAGCUACUUUGUCUACCAAACAACUGGUUCAUGUUGUGGAGGAAAAUAUAGGGAAAAAAUUCGAUAAAGUUGCAGUCUUCUUUAAAGACAUCAAGUUGGUUUCAGAUUUAUCACUGCAGGAGCAAGGUCUAGGAAGUGGAGAGCUUAAAUGCACACUGACGCUACCUCUAUCAACAAAAGGUAUGACAUCUAUCUCAAAAACCCUUGAUUUAUCAACUUUCCAGAUACAGCUGAACCUAGAUACAGCCUACUUGCAAGCACUCUCCUGGUGUUUUCUUUACCAUGUUUACCCCCCAAGUCAUUCUGGCCACACACGAGUUGGGAAGGAGGCUAAGUGUAGAACAAAACAAGAAAGCGGCAACGGCUUGGGGCAUCCAAGGAAAAAAACCUGUGUUAACAGUUCAGAACCAGAAGUGAAUAGGAUAGAACUUCUGAGUGUUGACCCUGCAGUUCAAGAAUCAGGAACUGAUGAGGCACCCAAGAUAGAUGGAGAUGAAAUAGCUGCAGUUCAGCCUACAGAAAUAGCUGUACUUGAUUAUCAGCCAACUAAAAGGGAAGACACUGCUGAAGAAGAACUGAUCCCCAAGAAGAGACGCAAGAGUUCAGUAUCUAAUGGAUUACCUAAAGCCAAAUUGAGGCCAGCAGAAAGCCAACAGGUUUCAGUGAUCAAAAAUGGAGCUGACAGCCCUGCAGCGAACAAGACCCUUGAUGCAGAAUCUGCAACUAGUGGUGAGGAUGACGACUCUAAACCCCGGAGUAUUGACGGAAAGACCCCAGGGAAUAGAUCAGGUAAUAAUGGUCAAAUCCAGCUAUGGCAGUUCCUGCUGGAGCUACUAACCGACAAGACGUGUCGCCAUUUGAUCAUGUGGGUCGGGGAAGAAGGAGAGUUCAAGCUUAACGACCCUGAGCAAGUAGCUCAGCAGUGGGGCAAGCGGAAGAACAAGCCUGCCAUGAACUACGAGAAGCUGAGUCGGGCUUUGCGCUACUACUAUGACGGGGAUAUGAUACACAAAGUACAUGGAAAACGCUUCGUUUACAAGUUUGUCUGCAACCUCAAGAAUCUGCUAGGUUACACAGCCGGGGAGCUCAAUAAACUUGUGACGGAGGCUGCUGAAGCUAAUAUCGAGAUGAGCGCUGCUUUAGCUGUCUGAUCUAUUUCUAGUAGUGUACAAAGUGUAUAUAUUGUAUCAACGUGUAUAUCAUGUAAGUCAGGUUAGAUAAGAACUGGAAAUCGAUGUGUGAUUGUGUACGUAUGAGUGGAAUAUGCUCGCAACGACUACAACCGAAACUGUAAAAACAACCGUAACAUUAUGUUGAAAACCUAAGCAGCAACCACCUCUACAAUAACAACUGCAAAAACAUAAAACGAGCAGCUAAAAGAACAACAAAACCAACUACAGCAGCAAGAAUGACAAAAUUAACGUUAAAACCAGACGCAACAAGCUAACAACAGAAGUAAUAAAAGAACAAUGACGGAAUAACAGAAAGGGCAGCGAUUAGAGCAACAAUACAGAGGCGAGGGUUAAAACCGAUGUAAGGAGUGCCAUUGGCAUGUCUCAUACGCAUCAAAUGUGCAUAAACAGGCGCACAGUUGAAAGGUUAUGUUCCUCCCUUGCUUUACCUUGGGCUCCAGAGGUUCAGUCAGGCAACAGAAACUAGAGUUGAUUGUCUUUUGUAGACUUCUACGGAUAGAGUAUAUUGUAAUAAAGAACUGAAAGGCAGGUUGGUUUUCAUACAAUGCCUUUUGAACAGUGAUGUGUGAAAUAAUAAAACGUGGAACAAAGAUAAA